AUGGAGAAACCAUGUUAUGCCACGCCAUAUCCCUCGCGUAUUCCCAUUCUGGUUAAUAAAAACUACCUCUAUUCAACGCCUAUUUCUUCAAAAGUAGUCAAAAGUCAAGUUCACUAUAACUCUAUUCCAUGUCGUAUCCCUCAAUUAAUUCGACGCCUCUCGCCAUCUCCGGAUCAAGCCGCUAGCCAUAAAAGACUGCCCGAUAUGGAGAUAGAGCUACAAAAUUAUAUAGAUUCUGAAUCGACUAAGAGUUAUAAUGAUGAAGGCAAGAAAUCUCUGGCUGGAAAUGUAUCUGAUUUGAAAGCAAAAUCAAUCAGCGGAAUUGUCUCCAAAGUCAUUAGUAAAUGCAUCGACAACAAUUUAUUUAUCGACAGCCACGACACCAAGCAAAAUCAUUAUUUUCAUACACCUAGUUUAGAUCGCCGGAGUAAAGUCAGAUUUCAAAAUGCUCAUUCAUUUUGGAAAGAUAUUGAGAUACGAGAUCGUCUGUGA